ACCAGCGUUCUUAUAAAAAUAUCCAAAAUUAUUAUUAUUUGCAGAUUAUUUUAUCCAAUCAAAUAGACGAUCGGUUGCCUGGCGGUGACACAAGCGGGAAGUAUGGCGGCGACUGACGGGGCGAUCAUCGCCGAUCCGGUGCUCCAAAUGUCAAAUUACGAAGGUCCAGGCUUGUUAGACCUUUCAAAUCAGGGUCUGCACAAACUGGAUCCGAGGUUUUCCGGUCACGGGGACUUACACACUCUUGUUCUAGACCAGAACCACAUUAUAAAGCUGGAGCACCUGGAGCGUCAUGAAGCUCUUCAGCAGCUGUCCGUGGCCUGCAACCGUCUGGUACGCAUGAUGGGCGUCUCAAAGCUGACUCGCUUACGAACUCUGAACCUGCCGAACAACAGCAUCGGCUAUAUCGAGGGGCUGAAGGACCUGGUUCAUCUGGAAUGGCUCAAUCUAGCAGGAAACAACAUCAAGGUCAUCGAGCAGCUCAACACCUGUGUUUCCCUUCAGCAUCUUGAUCUGUCAGAUAAUAAUAUUUCUAAUAUAGGAGACCUCACGAAGCUCUCAGCGUUAAAGACUCUUCUUCUGCACGGAAACAUCAUCACGACUCUGCGUACCGUUCCUGCUCACCUGCCGGCGAACCUCGCUGUCCUGUCGCUAGCAGAGAACGAGAUCAGAGACCUGACCGAGGUGUCCUAUUUAGCUCCAUUACACAAGCUAGAGCAGCUGUCCAUCAUGAGUAACCCGUGCGUCAUGGCCACGCCGGCUCUGCCCGGGUGUGAUUAUCGCCCGUAUGUCGUCAGCUGGUGUCUCAGUUUGAAGGUGCUGGAUGGAUAUGUGGUUUCACAAAAAGAGGGACUCAAAGGAGAAUGGCUGUACAGUCAAGGUAAAGGGCGUAUGUUUCGGCCGGGGCAGCACGCACAGCUGGUCCAGUAUUUGGCAUCCACGUGUCCCCUCACAGCCACAACUGCUUUACAGUCAGCUGAGGAUGCAAAACUUGAGAGAAUCCUCAGUAAACAAAGACAGCAUCAGAAGCAGCUGCAGCAAACGCGUCACUGCUGCUCGAGCCCAUCUCGCCCCACGCACCUAGACGUACAGCAGCGGCACGUCCACAAGAACACAGACAUGGAUGUCGUCGCUCAGGCAGAUGUGGAUCCAGGAGUUCAGGUAAACACGUGGAUGGGCUCUGCGUCUCCACCCGUGAUCGCUGCUGUCCGCCUUCCACCCGCUGCUGAAGACGGGAUGAUUCUGGAGGAUGUGCAGACUGAUGAGGAGAAGCUUCAUGGCAGUCUGCUGUCCUCCGAAUCUGCUUUCCUGCCCUUUAACUCCGCUGUUCAUCCAGCUUCAGCUCCUGACAGCGGUGAGGAGGAGUUUGAUGAUUCUCUGGCUCCUCCCACAUCCACUCUGCACCGCCCAUCAGAGGAGGAGUCAGUAGGCGGAGCCGUCCUCGCCUCCCUGACACAAGGAUCGGAUCACGUGGACCGCGCUGACAGAACUGCCCGCUCCGACAUUAACGAGCAGCGGCGCGCGCUAAACGGAGAUGCCGUGUUACGGAACGGUUCUGUGGAGGAUUCGGACUGGCCUGGGAUGCAGAAAACUGCUGUGCCGCAGUGUAAAGCAAAGCAGUGUGAACCACAUGACGCAGCUGUAAGGAUUCAGUCUUGGUGGAGGGGUCACUGGACGCGGCACUGCCACCCACAAGCCAAAGAAGUGCGUGCUGAGAUCCGCUUGCGAAGGAUGCAGGAUCACAUCGUCCACCUGACCGCUGAACUGGAAAGCGUGCGCAAGCAGCAAGAAGAAGAGCGACUGCAGAGACGCGUGCAAGAAGAAGCUGUGAAGUUCCUGUGGAAGCAGCUUCAGGUCGUGCUGGAGUGGCAGUCGUCUGUGAACGAGCGGCUCAGUGCGGCGCAGGGUUCCGCGCUGGAUCCCAGCAUUCCCGCAGCAACGCCCGUCCGCACUGAGAUCUCCAUCCCGGAGUCUGGCUUUCACUCCCCUCGAGAGCGACGGGCGGCGCUGGACAACAGCCUGAGCAGCACGGCCACGGCCGGAUCUCCAGAGACGGUGCGCUCUCUCGGGCCCGUGACGCCAGCCGCCGGGGACAGUCAGGAUGGCAGCCUGUUAGAGCAGUAUCUGUCAUCAGUGCAGCGACAGGACGAGGAGGAGGAGCAGGAUAAAGGAGCAGGUGACGGAACAGGAACGCCUCAAGAUCCAUCUGAUCUCUCUCUUCAUGGAAAAGAAGAGCGCUUGUCCUGACCUGAGUCUACAGGCUGAAAGUCGCACUGCUGAUUGACGUUUAGGCAUCACAGAACUCUGUCAGACUGCAGUGCCCUGCCUUUGGCUUUUCUUAAAGACCAUACACUAACUUUGUUAAAUCACCGGCCUUCAGUAGACAUGUAGACACGCAGCCUUUUAUCUCCACGAUACAGUCGUGUUGUCGGCAGUCAAACACGGAUUGAAGAAGCUCACGUUUAACUCAACAGUGGCUUUUUAUGUGACUGCCCGCUGCUGCCUUUGUUCUUUCUAACAGUGGAGUACGUUCAUGCGCACUGUUGGGAUGUCAGUAUGCAGCUUUCCGUUCAAAGUACUUUACAUCUUUGCGUACCCGGAGCGCCAAGGUCUUUCAGUGCACUUACCAGUAGACGUGUUUCCUUUUACUGUAAAUGUAGAGCCUGGACGACACAACCCGAAGUAGCCUCGAACUGUAGACGAGCAUGUAGGUAUGUGAAAUAAAUGUGAACUGAUUUGAUAGCCUGCUGCAGUUUGAACCUAUUGAGAGCUGAAUAGGCUUUUAUUGUAAAUAUUUGUAUUUGUGCAUCUGGAUAUUUACAGUAUGUGCUGCAACAAGUGUUCAGUGUGGCACAUGCAGUAAGUUUUUAUUUCACAUUUUUAUUCUUUUUUCUAUGUUAUAUAUUUUAAAAGUCAUUUCUGUAAAUAAAAUUUUACUUUGUUUCA